AGAAAGUGGCAUCACUAUAUAAAUACUUGACCGUGACUUUGAAAGCAUUAAAGAUACAUCUUGUCGAUUCAAAGUCACUGCGACAACAGGUUCUUUUGAACCUAUCACAUUGUCACUAUUUUUGCCAAAAUCAUGAAGAUUCUCAUAUUUGCAACUUUAGUUGUGGGUGUAUUUGCAAGUUACGAGGGAGAACAUGGAACAACGACUUAUCAUGAGACGCAGAAACCUGUUGAGAUACCAAUCUAUAAAAAAUACGCUAUUCCCAUUCCACAUCCGGUUCCAGUAGCGGUCCCACAGCAAAUUAAAGUUCCGAUUCCGCAACCUUAUCAAGUUCAAGUGCCCGUUCCACAUCCGGUUCCAGUAGAAGUCGUGAAACACAUUGAAAUCCCCAUUGAGAAGCCAGAGCCUUAUAUUGUCGAAAAGAAGGUACCUUACAUUGUGGAAAAGCCGUAUGCAGUAACAGUGGAGAAACAUUUUCCGGUACCAAUUCCAAAACCAUAUCCGGUGCAUGUACCCGUUUAUAAACAUGUUUUUCAUCACCAGAGUAAAGGACACGGCUGGAAACACUAAGAAAAGGGAAACUCUAAACUUAGUAGUAUAUUUGUUGGAAAAUUUUUUGCCAAAAAUCCACAAGUGACUAGUGUGUACUCUUCGGAUUAAGCACACGCAUUUAUUGUACAUAGAUAUAUAAUUUGUUAUAUCGCAAAAUGCGUUACUAUAAUUUAUCUAAAUAAACUAUUUUUAAAAUUAGAUAAUAAUUCUAAUUAUUUUCUUUGAUCAUCACGUUUAAUUUAAUUUUUCGUCUCUAGAAGUUUCUGUGCUCGCUGAUUACGAGUCUAAUGACAAAUUUUUGAAAUUGAAAUUCAACAAUUAUUUCAAAUUUUUCCACCAUAUUGGAAUCGCCAUUUUGGAUUUUUAAAUAUGACCUCGGAUUCGUAAUCAGUGACCCCAAAAAUCUCUAGAUAACAAGUUUUAUAAAAAUUCAAUAAUUUUUUAAAAAUUUGACCGCCAUAUUGGAUCCGACAUUUUAGAUUUUUAAAGUUUGAAUUCAAAUUCGUAAUCAGGUGACAUAAAAUUCAAUAUGUAUUUUGAGGUUAAGAAAAAAAAGUGUAUCAAUUCACAAUUUUUAAUUAUUUAAUUAAAGUAUUACUGUAUAUCGUUAACGAAAACCAGCAUAAUUAUAUAAAAUAAAGAUCGUGAGUUACCAA